AUGACCCACAGGGGUAACACCGGACCUGUCCACAGGCUGAAACUUGUGACUCUUCUGUUUGCCCUAAGUCCAGGACUUCUGUUCCCGGGAGCAGGAGUGAAGCUUCAUGACAACGGGUACAAUGAAUUACUCCUUGCAAUCAAUCCCCGGGUACCCGAGAACCUGAGCCUGAUUGCAAACAUUAAGGAAAUGAUCACUGAAGCUUCGUUUUACCUGUUCAAUGCUACCAAGAGAAGGGUGUUUUUCAGAAAUGUGCAGAUUUUAAUACCCGCCACGUGGACAGCUCAUAAUUAUAGCAGAGUAAAGCAAGAAUCCUAUGACAAGGCCAACGUCCUAGUGACUGAGCAGAGUGGGAUAUACAGGAAUGACCCAUACACCCUACAACACAGAGGUUGUGGAAAAGAGGGGAGACACAUCCAUUUCACCGCUGACUUCCUACUGCAUAAUGAGAUAGCAGCGCCAUAUGGCUCAAGAGGCAGGGCAUUUGUCCACGAGUGGGCCCAUCUCCGCUGGGGUGUGUUUGACGAGUACAACAAUGACAAGCCACUCUACUUGGAUGGGCGAAAUGAAAUUCAAGCAACAAGGUGUUCUUCUGACAUAACAGGAGCUUUUGUGUGUGCAAACGGCCUUUGUCUCAAUGAAGACUGCAUUAUUAGCAAGCUCUUUAGGGGAGGGUGCACAUUCCUCUACAACAGCACACAGAACGCAACUGGAUCAAUAAUGUUCAUGCAAAGUUUAUCUUCUGUGGUUGAAUUCUGUAACGCAAGUACCCACAACCACGAAGCCCCAAACCUUCAGAACCGGAUGUGCAGCCUCCGAAGCACCUGGGACGUGAUCACAGCCUCCUCAGACCUGAAUCAGAGCCUCCCGGUGCGCGGGGUCGAGCUCCCGCCCCCUCCCAUGUUCUCCCUCAUGCAGGCUAGUGACAGAGUGGUGUGCUUGGUGGUUGAUGUGUCCAGGAAGAUGGCGGAGGCAGACAGACUCCUUCGACUCCAGCAAGCAGCUGGAUUUUAUUUGAUGCACGUUGUUGAAAUUCAUACCUUUGUUGGCAUUGUCACUUUUGAUAGCCAAGGAGAAAUCCGAGCCCAGCUGCAACAAAUUAACAGCGUCGCUGACCGGAGGCUGCUGGCUUCACAUCUGCCAACCACUGUGUCCACGGAAACAGAAACAAAUGUCUGUGCAGGGGUUAAGAAAGGCUUUGAGGUGGUUGAGAAGCAGAACGGAAGAGCUGAUGGCUCUGUCAUCAUAUUAGUGACCAGCGGAGCAGAUGAGCGCAUCGACAACUGCCUGCUCACCGAGAUGAGCAGUGGGGCCGUCAUUCACUCUAUUGCCCUGGGUUCCUCCACAGUCGGAACGCUGGGGGAGUUAUCACGUCUCACAGGAGGCUUAAAGUUCUUCAUUGCAGAUAAAUUUAAUUCCAACCGAAUGACAGAAGCUUUCAGUAGAAUCUCGUCUGGAACAGGAGACAUUUUUCAGCAGAGCUUACAGCUUGAAAGCCUGUGUGAAAUUGUGCAACCCCAGCAUCAACUGACGAGCACUGUGACUGUGGAUAGCACUGUGGGCAACGACACAAUUUUUGUAGUCAUGUGGCAGACCGGUGGUCCCCCUGAGAUUGUAUUAUUGGAUCCUAGUGGAAGAAAAUACAGCACUAGUGACUUUGUCAUCAAUCUGGCCUUUCGGACAGCUAGCCUUAGGAUUCCAGGAACUGCUAAGCAUGGACACUGGACUUACACGCUGAACAACACCCAGCAUUCUCCUCAAGCCCUGAAGGUGACAGUGGCCUCCCGUGCCUCCAGCCUGGCCAUGUCCCCAGCCACUGUGGAAGCCUUUGUGGAAAGAGACAGCACCCAUUUUCCUCAGCCUGUGAUAAUUUAUGCGAAUGUGAGGAAGGGUCUGUAUCCCAUUCUCAAUGCUACAGUGGUGGCAACAGUUGAGCCGGAGGAUAGAGAUCCCGUUGUACUGCAGCUGUUGGACAAUGGAGCAGGUGCUGAUGUUAUUAAAAAUGAUGGAAUAUACUCCAGGUAUUUUUUCUCCUUUGCUGUUAGUGGUAGAUAUAGCUUGACAGUGCGUGUCCAUCACUGUCCCAGCGUAAGCACCCUAGCCCACUCUGUCCCAGGAAACCAUGCUAUGUAUGUGCCGGGUUACAUAGUAAACGAUAACAUUAAAAUGAACGCUCCCCAAAACUUGGGCCGCAGACGUGUGGAGGAGCAGUGGGGCUUCAGUCGCGUAAGCUCCGGAGGCAUCUUCUCAGCGUGGGGUGUCCCAGCUGGGUCCCAUCCUGACACAUUCCCGCCAUGCAAAAUUACUGACCUGGAAGCCGUAAAAGUGGGAGAGGAUGUGACCCUGUCUUGGACAGCACCGGGAGAGGAUUUGGAUCAGGGCCAACCUACAAGCUAUGAAAUAAAAAUGAGUAAAAGUCUACGGGUUAUUCGGGAUGACUUUGACAACGCCAUUUUAGUGAACACGUCACAGCUAGUUCCUCAGCAAGCUGGGGCCAGGGAGACAUUUACAAUCUCGCCCAAGCUUGUCACCAGUGAACCUAAACAGGAAGCUGGUGAAGAAAACCAAGACACCGCCAUGGUGUAUGUGGCCGUGAGCGCCGUGGACCGGAACUCCCUCAAGUCAGCUGUGUCAAACAUUGCCUUGGUGUCCUUGUCUGCGCCCCAAAACUCUGCUCCUGUACAUAGCAGAGAUGGUCUGGUGCUGAAGGGAGUUUUAACGACACUGGCUUUGACAGCAAGCAUUUGCCUUAUUACAGCUGUAGCACAUUGCACCUUAAACAGGAAGACGAGAGCAUUAAGGAACGAGACUGAAACAAAAUUCCUAUGAACAAAUAUACAUAAUACCUUCCUUCUUAGAUAGGAUGCCCAUGACCUUUACCUUCAUAGGAA